CCUUGGUUCUUGAGUAAAGAAAUAAUCGAGAAUCCUUAUUUAGUCUGUAAAGAUAAAGCAAAAACUAUAAAUGAUUGCCAUCUUCGAACAAAACAGUCGCCAUAUCCAAAGUAUUAUUUAUGUUCAAUAAAAUGCGAAAGAAAUCGUAAAGAGACAUGGAAAAAUAAUACAUUUCGUCUGUUAUCUAUUGAUUACAGACCAUUAUAUAAAACUGAUAGAGUAACACCUGAUGAAAUCAGAGCCGAAUUACAAAUUUAUCACAAUAAUCAUUGGUAUUUGGUUUUAAUUGAACUUUUUCGAGUGCUUCAAGCAAACGUUAUUUGCGGUUAUUUCGGAUACAAAACGGGUACUUUUGAACUACUUAAGGAAAGAGAUAGAUAUUUAGACUUUCUACAUGGUAUGCAUUGUAAAAAGAACGAAACAGAUUUAUUACGAUGUGACAAACUGUUUGUUAGUGGUAGAAGAAAUAAAAGACCACCAGUCUAUUUAUCCUGCACUAAGCGUGAGAUCGAGAGAGAUUUCGAUUGUACUGGUUUUGAACGUAUAGAAGCAGAAUGGAAAUGUUAUCAUUUCGAUCCAACUGUUCACCUAGCUUUAUUUCAAGAUACAGUGAAUAGUUGUAAGAAGAAAAAUAUGAGUUUAUUGAGUUUAUCAUCAAAGAAAGAUUUCCUUGUGAAUCAGUAUAUAUAUUUUUUUGCUACUCACGUCUUUGAGUAUCUUUAUACAUUACCUAAAUAUGCAGAGUACAGGUUACUUGACACUCUCCCUUUAUCUACGAAAGUAUUAACAAAUCGUCAAAAUAAAGUAGUUGUAACAACUGGCGCAAACGUGCCAUUAGAUUUAACUGGACUUUCUAAUAUUGUUGAUUCACCAUCAAAAAUAUUUGAUAAAAAAACUUGCGAAGAGUCUUCUCAUUUAUUAUAUAAUCAUGUUUCUAAAUGGUUUAUAACUGAUCGAUGUUUAUCGGUAAUUUCCGAAGGAUAUAAAUCGAUACCUUGCGAAAUGUAUACGUUUGAGCGUCAUUUUUGUCAACGUGAAUACGAUAUUUCAUUAAAGCACAAGCCUGCUUGGUUCGAGUUUAAUGAAUAUUUAAAAUGUCCACAAGAACUUUUCACUUGUCAACCAGAGAACGUUUGUAUCAAUAUGAAAGAUGUUUGCGAUGGUAUUAUAGACUGUCAUUUUGGCAGUGAUGAAAAGGAUUGCGAUUAUCUAAUAAUGUUUACCUGCUAUAAUGGUCAGAGAAUUUCAUUGAUGAAUGUCUGUAAUAAUAUUCCAGAUUGUUUAGACAAAAGUGACGAAGUAGAUUGCGAUUUCAAUGCAAAAAUGGACAAUGUAUUUCUAACAAUGGACGUUGUAACAAUGAACGAAAUUGUUUCGAUUCUUCAGACGAAUUAUGUGAAGCUAAUAAACCUUAUUUGUUUUGGCCCAUGCAGAUCAGAUAAUUCAUUUUGUAAGAAAGCGAAAUUUAAGCAGAUAUUCUCAAAAGCUUUCUUUAAUAUUUCCCGUGAAAACGAUUCAAAAUGCCGAAUUAGAUACGACACUCUUGGAAAUUUAAAAACAAAAUCUCAUUAUCCUUUCAAUGAUAUUGAAAAUUGUCAAGUCGAUAGAUGUUCUUACGGAGAAUUCAAGUGUCAAGAGCAUAAAAUAUGCAUACCUAUUCAAAACGUUUGCGAUGGUAUAAAUCAUUGUUUAAACAAUGAAGAUGAAGUUAUGUGCGGUUAG